AUGCAACAACAGCUUGAUCAGCUCAUCAACACUUGCACACCAAAGGAUUUAACUUGGAAGAGCCCUGCUCUGUUCUUAUCUCUUUUUUUAUUCUCCAAAUACUAUCCAUCAUCAACAAAACAACAUCCCUACACUACUCAAGAUGUUGUAAAAGUUCCAUUCCAAAAUACUACAGUUUCCUAUCAGAAGUUUAUUACCACUUCCGAGGAUGUCAGAAUUAUCAGAUUUAAAGUUGAUUCGGAACUUUCUUUAACUGAUGAUCAAAUAUUCCAAGUAUUAUCAUUGGAAAUUCAUCCAUCGGAGAGAUCUUUAUACACGCUUAGUAAGCAAUGGGGAAGAACUAUUGUUGUUCAGAGGGAAAUUCAUCUUUCUAAACCAGUUUCUCCUUUAAAGAGAUGUUUGAAAGUGGCAAGAUUCGUUUUAGGAACUUUGGGUGUGCUCUAUUCAGGUGUUUAUGCUAAACAAUUGAUUGAUUCAAGAAGAAACAAUUAA